CUCGUGGGGCUCUGCCCUGCCGCCGCUGUGUGGCGUCGGGGUCCUCCCUUUUCCUCCUCUCCUGCAAGUUACCGAGAUACUAAUUCCCAGGGGGAAGGGGCUGGAUUAAAAAAGAAGUGGCAGGCUAAUGGUGUGGAGUAGUGUUCUGCUCUGUAGUGUUUUUCCGGUCAUGAUUGAAAGGGGGAACUCGUGGCCACACUGCAAGGUAGAACUGAAGCACUGUGAACGGCAUUUGGAUUAUGGCACGGGCUCAAGGUUUGGGGAAGAGAUACAUUAAAGCCUUUUUUAAAGGUUUCUUUGUUGCUGUUCCCGUAACGGUGACUUUCUUGGAUAGAGUUGCCUGUGUAGCAAGGGUGGAAGGAGCAUCAAUGCAGCCUUCUUUGAAUCCUGGGGGAAGACAAGCAUCUGAUGUAGUACUCUUGAACCAGUGGAGCAUUCGAAAUUAUGAUGUACAACGUGGGGACAUUGUGUCAUUGGUGUCUCCUAGAAACCCUGAACAGAAGAUCAUUAAACGAGUGAUUGCUCUUGAAGGAGACAUUAUCAAAACCAUUGGAUACAAAAAGAAGUAUGUAAAAGUUCCACAUGGGCAUAUUUGGGUGGAAGGUGAUCACCAUGGACACAGCUUUGACAGCAAUGCUUUUGGCCCGCAAGCAGGUGCACAAGAAGCUGGGAAGGAGCAUGUCAAGGUCUCUCUUGGACUUCUACAUGCUCGAGCUACUCAUAUCCUCUGGCCUCCACAACGCUGGCAGAAGUUACAGCCUAUGCUACCUCCAGAGCGCAAACCACUCCAGAGAGAGCAAGAGUAAUCUGAAUAUUCAGACAGAAAAAUGCUGAAGUAAAGUUUAACCAGGAAGAGUUGCAAUGGUUAUAACAUUACCCGUAAGAGCUUUACCAAGUGUGCUUUAACAUCAGGUACCAUAUCAGCAAAUACAUGUGAUACCUCCAUGGUAAAAUGCCACCUAAGUGUAAAGUUUUAUUGGGUCUUUUUGUUGGUUGUGUUGGGUUUUGGUUUUGUUUUGGGUUUUGUUUUGUUGUUGUUGUUGUUGUUGUUAAUCUCAAACAGUAGUGCAUUUUGCAUUAUUUUGGUUUCAAAUAAUUGGUUGUAGAAGUUUUGAAGGUUCAAUUUUUCUGGGAGUGGUAAAAUGCUUGACUUAUUACAUCUGUACCUGUGCUCUGGAUAAGAAAUUAU